ACUUAGGGAAACCUAUAAAACUGUAACCCGAAGGCAGGCUCUUCGACACCCGAAAACCACUACACCACACACACGGAACUAUGAACAACGUUGCCUGGCCGAUUCUGUUCCACUGAUUUUUCGCAAGACUUGAUUUUAGUAAAUUGCAGGUUCUAAAAGGAACUUAAACUGAACGAGGAUAAAUAAGUUAAAAAUUUAGGCGAUACGUGAUCGCUUCACUGGGUCAAAUGUCUCUUCUGUUCAGCUUCAGUUUGUUUAUUCCAUCAAUUCGUUCGAAACAAUCUUGAAAUACAGGAAAAGAGCGAAGUAACCUCGACAAUUUGAAAAUGACGGUGUGAAAGAAAAUUAGGUAGACCUUGGUUUGUGAAUUUGAGAAUGGAAAGAAGCCGUGGCUUAAGCCUCUUAAGACAAUGAGUCAGAUUAGAGCUUGGCGGCAUUUCCUCGCAUUGGGCACGAACCUCAGAAACGGCUACCAUGAAAUACGUUCCUAUAACAUGUGUGAAACUACAUUUCAGAGGUAAUCUUUAAAAACUACCAUGACGCCAAGUGGAAAGAAACAUUGCGUGAGAAAGACUUCCUUAAACUCAGUUGGUGGCCUCGAACAGUCGUGCUGAGUUGUAAGGAAGACCAUGCUUGGUUGUCUCGAGGCGGUUCUGCUAGAACCCGCAGCCUCCACGGUACUUAUGCGCAUGCGUUUAUUUUCUGAGCGCAGUCGGCAGGAGUCACGAAAUUCAAUUUCUACAAAGGCCCAAAACUUCCACCUGCUGUUUUUUUGGCGUGGUUGUUUGUUCAAAUUAGAGUACAGAAAUAAUAGCAAGCGUUUUUAUGUCAGCUACUAGCCCCAUGUUUUGUCUUGAAAAAGAAAAGCCACUCGGAAUUGAGUAAGUUUCGUUUCUCAUAGGGAGGUCUGAAAUAGCAGGGGACUAUCGUUAUCAGACAAUCUUGAAUUCAUCCCUUUAUUAAGGUUCAGUGGAGUUUUGGCUAACAGAAAAUUCAAUCGAUUUUUUAAGUGAUUUUAUUCCUGUUUUGUAACAUCGACAGGCUGGAAGACAUCUGUAUCAAUUUUUUUCCAUUUGGAUCUUACAUAGGUCAAAAAAGGGACGAUUUUCAGCUCUUCAUUACUUUUUAAUCUUUUCAGUCCUGCUUCAUGACCCUCUUCAGCACCGACAUUGUUCAUCUUUUUUCAAGACAAAAAUGGUGCAUCAGCGUAUUUUCAACAAGCCUUCAUUCACAAAGAAAUUGUUUUAAUAUUGGUAAACACGGCCAGGAUGUGGGGAAUAUAAUUAGCACGCAAUGAAAAAAAAAUCGAAAUGCACCUCAUGCUGAUUUCAUGUGCACGAAAGUAUAAAUAUGUCGGAUUUUAACCACAAAAUGUCUGCCUUUGUGCCAAUUUUUUGCUGCAUCAUCGCAAUUUUUUUCCUUUUUUGAUUCAUGACACGAUCAUAAUGAAUUCAUAAACCGCAAAGGAAAAGAAAAGGGAGAACGAAAUAACAGCGUCAUGAAUAGAUAAUGAAUUAUUUAUCGUCGUUUCUUUGUUCAGUAGUGUUUAGUCUGGCGCUGUUGGUCGUCAAUAAAAUAAAUACUUCUUGAAAGAGCGGUCACACGAAAGUCAAAAAUGUUCUCUUUUACCCUCAAGGGAAUAUUCCUUGACAUGAAAAUAUUGCCUAAUACAGCAGUAAACACCACGGGCGACGAUUAGAAUUUCAAUCUUUAUAAAAUGCCUAAGGACUAAGACGUUGGUUCUCUUUGAUGUUGACUGGAACUAAACCGCAAAACCUUCCCAGCUAGGGUAGGGCUGGGCCUUUUUUAAGACCCCUUGUUCCCUUUUGACACUUAAACAUGAAAUUUAGUGAUUUGAACCACGGAGUUAGUAUUUUCUGAAAAUACUCGGUGAAGAAGUAAAUGAAGUGAAAGAAAUUCCUGAGUGGAAUUUAAAAAAAAAAAUAUCAAAAGGAACGCAAUAAGUCACCCUCCCCUCCCUUGUAACGAUCAGCUCGCAUACCAGACGGAACAUCAGAAUGAGGCUUCCGGCCAAUCGUCUGGGACAAAGAUGAUAUGAAGGCAGUCUGAGUUUUGAACAUUUCUCGCCGGAGGCACGAUCGAAUUAGGUUAAUGUAUUUGGUUCGUGCUAUGUUUCACCAAAAGCGACCUAGUCGCAUCGAAACUUUCAAUUUCACAAGAUGAACACACAAGAUACACGAAGUCAACAGAUGUUCAAAAUUCGUCGAACUACUCUUGGAUUUGGUGUUGUUCAAAUCCUCUUAGGCGUCUCAUUAACUGCGUUGUCUUUCGCAGCUUUCGCCUUCACUUCUUCGGAUAGAAUACGUAACGCUUGUCCUUACUGGGCUGGAUUCGCGGUUUUUUGGAGCGGUGGUGUAGGUAUAAUUGCUUGGAAGCAUUCGUCUGUGAUGUCGAUGAGUUUGUUCACAUUCUUCUCAGCGGUAUGUGUGGUUCUGCAGAUGAUUGGUACAAUUCUAACAGGAGAUGCAGGAGGCUUGCUCAGAUCACUUGUCAUGUGUGAAAAAGAAAUUUCAGGGCCUCGCUGCAAGUGCUGUGAAUCUGAAAUGGCCUGCUAUCAAGGUGUGGGAGUGGUGGAAUUUGAGGGGGUGCAGGACUGCAGUGUGAUAACAGGACUACUUACUGGGUUGUUAUAUGGACUUUGUGUUCUAACCAUCUUUGGAAGCUUACUGUGCUUCAUUGCAACUAUCUUGGGAUGUACUGCAGUAGCACGUCAAACAAGUCGACAUCAGGGGCUUUGUGGUCGCCAUAGUUCAAGGAGGUCCCAUGCCAGUAGGAACCCAGACAGCUACACUUGGGCUCCUUGUUCGACAGACCUUACAAUGUUGCCGCCCUACGCGCCACCGGUAUAUCACUCCGUGGAUAAUUUUCAAGAAUAUGGUCUGUCGUCAUGCAUAGUCCCGCCUCCAGUGUUUGACCCUACUGACUUACCUCCACCUUACUCAUCACAGAAUCCUUCCUUAGCCGAUUCUCAGAACUCUUUGACUUCUCCGGAGUCUUCAAACAACCUACCACAAUCUUCUGAAACGGACGUACAUUUCCAGCCUAUGCACUCGAGGCAUCAGGCAUUAAAUUACGACGAGGAACUCAGGGCCCUGCCUUCAGCCACCCUUAGCAUCUCUAGGGAAGGUUGCAACCUCCAAGAUAGAGGUGUGCCUUGGAAUGGCCACCUCAAUGCUAUGUCUGACAGUAGUGACCUUCUCACAGCUAGCGCUUCAUCCGAUUUGUCAAGCAGCUGUAAUAGGUGCUCUUCUGAACAACAAACGAAUGUUAAUGACACUGAUAUAUACAAGACAAUUCUUAUUGGAGCCACGCCUUUGCUUAAUCAUCCUGCAAAGUCUAGAAUUCAAGCGGAGUUCUCCGAACUAGUUGAAGCUUCCUCAGGCUCAAGGAGGCGAACAUCGUCGCUACAGGAGACAUCAACCAAAGAUAGUGUUCACGCUCGUAAUGUACCGGCGGUUUCUACAUCUUCUGCCCGAGGGACUCCUAUCUUAUCCCUGCGCACCCGGAGUAGAUCUUUAGGUGAAAACGCUAUCUAUGUGAAUUCAUUUGAGGUCAUGGCUCGACCUCCGCCCAACAUGCGACUGCCAGUUGAUGAACAGCUCAAAACUUGUAAUACUGCUAAGCCCGUCACCACCAGAAACUCCCAUCGACUUACAAAAAAAGGAACUCCGCUCAAAGGUGAUCCUUCGAAAGAUCACAUCAGCAGUCGUAGCGAGCAGAGGAAGGACAAAGUAAAAAAAAGACGACGAAGGCAUUCGCAUGGCAUUUCGAGACACAAGGAAAGAUGGAAUGUUAACUGUGAAUCACUAAACUCGCAAGUGAAUCGUGGAAACGACGAUUCAGUUACACAAGGCAAAGAAACGGUAGUAUGAAGAUAUGUGUUAGUGGCUUAGGCCUUAAUUAGAAGGUAGGUUGGGUUUGGAGAUAUCAGGAAAAAUGACAGGGGUGAUCUUGGCAGCUUAACGAGAGGGGAAAGUGUGUGGAUUGGAACCAGAUAUAAUAGACUUGUCCCCGGAAAAUUACCAUACGAAAGACAUUAAUGGUCAUUUAAUAUCCUUUUUCCCCGAUAAUAAAUAUACUUUGGUCCAUUAUCAUUCUAGCAAUAGCUCCCCUCCCUUUCCGCUCCCCUCCCCUCCCCUCCCCUCCCCUCCCCUCUCUUGAAACCAUGGCUGUUAGAGUAUUACAAGCUUAAAACCUCGGCAUUGAGACUUUUCAAUGGUGUGGGGCACUUUCCGUUGGGUUGUUGUUGAAGCAAAACCAGUGCCAAGAGUAAGUAGUCAGAGUAACGUGAAGGGUGUUACCUACCAAAGGCUUUGAAUUUGAAUGCGCUCCAAAACGCAAAUUAGAGGCAGUUUGAUACAGAUUGAUUUAUCACGGAUUUUCGAUGAUCACCCCAUCAUUUCCCUUCUGGGUUCUCCACUUCCUGAACCUAAUCUUAACUGAUCUAGCAGUUCUUUACCGAAAAAUAAGCAAGAAAAAUGAGCAUCGAAUCACGCCAAGCAAAGAUGGUGUGGUUACUCCUAACGAGAUCGAGACAUGAAGGAACAUUUUGAAGUGUAAUGUGAAUUGGCUUCGGAGGUGUUUGUCCAAUGCAUUUCGCAGAGGACUAGCUUUCUCAAUCACUUCAGUGAUAAAUAAUAUAUAAGCAAAAGAAAAUAGAGGUUAACCAAGACACAGAAACAUUGAUGUACGACAUUUUUGUAAUAUAUUUUGCAUGUUAUGUAUUCUUUUUCCCAGUCUCCAGUGGAUACUGAAAAUAGAAUUGUCAAAGCUCUGAUUUUCUUAGGUUACUUAAUGUGAAGACUAAAAGGAUGCAGAACCAGGCAGAAAUCUUAUUAUGGUUUUUGCGUAUUUUCUGAAUCCAAUAUUCCAGAAGGAGAACAACUAGCUUUUUUCAAUGUAACUUCCAUGAUCAAAUUCGCCAUACUCGCUUAUCGCGGCGAUAAAAUUUCUUCUGAGUUAGUUGGGAGAAUUUAGCGGUAUAUUAUGAUGAUACCCCACAAGGUGAUUGAAACUUUAACAGUGUAUUGAUAAUUUGAGGAGGAUGUACAUUAUAAUCCGGGUGUCACAGGCUUAAGGGAAAGACAUAUCAUGCUAGGACAGUAUAUAGCAAUUUCCCAGGGAGUAAUCCUUUAAAUGGCUUGCACAGGAGGGCUCCGCCUUAAAAGAGUACCCUUCUCAGGCUCCAACUGCGCCAAAGAGUACGAAAAUUAUCAUUUAGGCAUUCAUAAGGGCUUUAGAUUUUCUCCAGAAAUAUCGUGCGUACGCGUCAUUUGAAGGGCUCUGAAAAAGUGCUGUUAAGCUUGCUUGUGAAAGAGGUAUGAUUAUGCUAAAGAAGUUAUAUUUUCAGAGGAAUCGGUUUAUAAAAAGAGGACGAUCCUUGCACCUCGGGGAGGGGGCCUCCCCAUGCAGAAAUUUAAUACCCUACUUUCCCAUUCCACUCCCCCCUCCCGGUGCAUUUUAUUUGCCGAGGGUUUAAGAAUCAAAGGCCAUUAGGUUAGUUUUUGUCCAGACUGGAGUUACAACAAUAUUCCUGAUACUUCUCAAGAAACAUUUUUUUAAAUAAAAAAAGAGAUAAAGUAAAUCUCUAAUUUUUGUUAUAAAGAUGUUGACAUUGAAGUGAAAAUACGUACUUAUGUUUAUGUAGAUGUGUAGUUCAGAUUUAAAAUAACAUGAUCGCAAUUUAAGUGCAUCUAAUGCCAUUUAUUUUAAUGAUCAGUGAUUCAUCUAUUUAUAGUGACUGUUAUUGAUAUAGUCUGGAAGGACUUUAAAAUGAUAACGAUAUGACUUUUGACUUUGUAUCAACUAAAUAAACUUAUUAUUCGGAGA